AUGAAGAAUGUGCGUUGCCGUGGUGGGUGUCAUCUGCCCUUCGUCGUCUGGUUCUUCUUCUUCUUCUUCACAGCUGCUUUCGCGAAGACCCCAGUCAGAAAAAUUCCAAGGACGAACGACAGCUUGAGGGCUCCUGGAGUUCAGCUAAAUAUAACGAAUCGUCACGUGGUGAUUGAUAAUGGACUUGUCCGAGUCUCGCUUUCCAAUCCAGAUGGUGAUGUUACCGGAAUCAAAUACAAAGGAAUUGACAACGUACUUGAAAUCAAUAACGAAGAAGAUAAUCGAGGAUACUGGGACGUGGUCUGGAACAAGCCAGGAAAUCGUAUCAUCUUUGACAAGUUAGUAGCAACAGAUUUUAAAGUUAUAAUGGAAGACGAAAACCAAGUGGAAGUAUCCUUCACCAAAACAUGGGAUCUUUCCACUGGAAAGUCCACAGUUCCUUUAAAUGUAGACAAAAGGUAUAUAGUUAGGCGUGGGCAGUCAGGGCUUUACUUAUAUACCAUAUUGGAACGUUUAGAAGGAUGGCCUGAUGUUGACAUGGAUCAAAUUAGAGUCGUUUUCAAGCUACAAAAAGACAAGUUUCAUUACAUGGCAUUAUCGGACUCCAGGCGAAGGACCAUGCCCAUGCCUGAAGACCGAGAAACUGGUCAACCUCUGGCCUAUCCUGAAGCUGUUCUCCUGACCAAACCGAUAGACCCAGAACUUAGAGGAGAGGUAGAUGACAAGUACCAAUACUCAUGCGAGGACAAAGAUAAUAAGGUGCACGGGUGGAUGGCAGAAGAUCCUCCUGUGGGAUUUUGGAUGAUCACGCCCAGUAAUGAAUUCCGCGUUGGUGGACCAAUCAAGCAAGAUCUUACUUCCCAUGUGGGCCCUGUUGUUCUCAACAUGUUCACGAGCACGCAUUAUGCUGGGAAGGACUUAAACACAGCAUACAGAAAUGGAGAGCCAUGGAAAAAGGUUCUUGGCCCCGUAUUUGUCUAUCUUAAUUCUGUUUCACCGAAAGAAGACCCCUCGAUGCUUUGGGAAGAUGCUAAAGAACAGACGUCGAUAGAAGUCAAACGGUGGCCAUACAAUUUUCCUCGAUCACAAGAUUUCCCUCCCUCAGAUCAGCGCGGAACUGUCAUGGGCCAAUUACUGGUUCGAGACCGAUACGUCAGUGAGAGGUUAGUGCAUGCCAAAUCUGCUUAUGUGGGGUUGGCUGCGCCAGGAGAUGUGGGCUCAUGGCAAACAGAAGCCAAGGGUUAUCAAUUCUGGAUUCGAGCUGACAGAUAUGGGCGUUUUGUAAUUAAAAAUGUCAGAGCUGGGAACUAUAGUUUGUAUGCAUGGGUUCCUGGUACCAUUGGGGAUUACAAGUAUAAUGCUGAUAUAACCAUUAAACCAGGAUCUAGGAUCAAAUUUGGUUACCUCAUAUACGAGCCUCCAAGAAAUGGUCCUACUCUGUGGGAUAUUGGGAUUCCUGACCGCACAGCUGCAGAGUUCUAUGUGCCAGAGGGAUACCCAACGCUGAUGAACAAAUUGUACAACCGUGAUCCGGCAGAAAAGUUUAGGCAAUAUGGAUUGUGGAACCGAUACUCUGAUUUAUAUCCCAACAACGAUCUCGUAUAUACCAUUGGUGUUAGUAAUGUUGAAGACUGGUUCUUUGCCCAUGUUACCAGAGAUGUGGGAAAUACGACGUACGAGCCCACCACCUGGCAGAUUAUCUUUGAACUCCAAAACAUAAACCGAAAUGAAAAUUACACUCUCCAAUUAGCCUUGGCAUCAGCUACUGCAUCCGAAAUACAGGUUCGGUUCAACAAUCCAAGUAGCGAUCGACCACUAUUCACAACAGGAGCAAUAGGAAAGGAUAAUGCGAUUGCAAGACAUGGGAUUCAUGGGUUGUACUGGUUAUAUAGCAUUAGCGUGCCAGGUUCUCAACUUGUCGAUGGGAAGAAUACAAUUUAUCUAACUCAGACUAGAAGUGAUGGCCCCUUCCAUGGUGUCAUGUAUGAUUACAUUCGUUUAGAAGGGCCAAGAGGCACUUAA